GCACCUUCAGAAGUAAACACAGAAACCCAAAACCCGAGGCUCUCGGCCGUCUUUACAGCUUCCGUGCGGGAGAGACUGCUUACGGUAUGAAGAGGUGAAAGGUCACAGCACCGGUGCUUACCCCUCGGCCAUGACAAUGCUGAUGGCUUUCCUCCGGACCUUGUUCAUGCUCUGCCUUCUCCAACCUCUACCCUCUUCCCAGACGGCUGACUAGAUCCCAGCACCAGGUGGCCGAGUCCAGGUCCCCACUGGCUGGCACGGCUGCUGCGUCCUUCCCGUGACCCAUUUCGGUUGCUCCAUUGACCGCUUUCCCUAGAAAGAUGCUGUCUCCACGGCGCUUUUACUACGGGAAACUCCAGAAGCCCUGGGCCUCAGGCCCGUAUGAGCUAGACAGAAACUUGGCUCAGGACCCGGAUGCCAUCGUAGGAGGAAGUCCGACUGACUCUGAAUUUUCUCAUCAGAGGUUUCGGAAUUUCCUCUACGUGGAAUUUGUCGGGCCUCGGAAGACCCUGCUCAAACUCCGAAACCUCUGCCUUGACUGGUUGCAGCCGGAGAUUCACACCAAGGAGGAGAUCAUCGAGCUCUUGGUCCUCGAGCAGUACCUGAGCAUCCUCCCCGAGAGGAUCAAGCCCUGGGUGCAGGCCCGGAGGCCGCAGACCUGCGAGAAGCUGGUGGCCCUGCUGGAGAUGUACAAGGAGAUGUAUGGGCCCGAAGACGACAGUGACAACCAGAACGAAGACAACAUGAACCGGAGUGGAGCAGACUGUCCCCUGCUGCGCCCCACCUGUUUCUACAGAGAACGGGACCGGGAUUGGGACCAGGACUGGGAUCAAGACCGAGCCUGGGACCGGGAUCGAGACCGAGCCUGGGACCGGGCCUGGGACCGGGCCUGGGACCGGGCCUGGGACCGAGCCUGGGACCGGGGCCGGGCUUGGGAGCGAGCCCGGAUGCGGGAGCGGGAGCGGAGGGCCAGAAGCAGGGACCUGGCCUUGCGGGAGCGCUGGCCGUACGGCAGGAUUGCCAGAAGCAGGCUUCCUCACCGGGACCUUUCCCUGCCCGCUGCGAUGGAGAGAACCAUGGCGAUGGAGAGAGGGCGCCGCCGCCGGAGCUUCAUGAUGCAGUGUGAUCUGCAGUCCCAGGACACGAUGUCAUACCAGGACAUGGUGAAGCUCACCGAGGACAGGAAGGCUCAGAACUCCAUCAAGGACAACAUGGAGAACUACAGGAAGCUGCUUUUCCUGGGGCUUCAGCUUGCCGAAGAUGAUGGCCACUCCCACAUGACACAAGGCCAUUCAAGGUCAAAGAGAAGUGCCUACCCAAGCACCAGUCGAGGUCUGAGAACUACGCCUGAAGCCAAAAAGUCAACCCAUCGCCGGGGAAUUUGUGAGGAGGAGCCUUCGCAUGGAAUGAUAAUGGAAAAAUUCAACAAGGAUGCUUCGCGCAACUCCAAACCCGGAAGAGCGAGAGAACCCAAUGACCGGUUCCUGAGGUUCCCCAGAAGGCCAGACCAGGACUGGAAGGAAGCGUCCUCAAACAGAGAGUCAGUGAUCCAGGAGCGGGGCUGUGCGGGCGGUGCCUUUGGGGGAGGAGGUUUUAAUUGUAAUUCAAACCUUGUUUCCAAAAAGAGGGUUCUGGAAAGAAAAAGGCGCUAUCAGUUUGACACAGAUGCGAAGGGUUCCGUUCAGGAUCAGAGAGGCUCUCCGCGCAAGAGGCCCUUUGAGUGUAGUGACAUGAGAAAGGCCAUGAGCAUGAGCGGCCUUAGCGCCCCCGGCGCCGAGUCGCAGCCGCCUGAUUUUGCAGCCAUGCCCUAUGUGUGUGAUGAGUGUGGGAGGGCUUUCGGUGUGAUUUCCGAGUUUGUCGAGCAUCAGAUCAUGCACACUAGAGAGAAUCUCUAUGAGUACGGGGAAGCGUUCAUCCGCAGUGUGGCUGUCACUCGGAAAAGUGCGGCUCGAGGGAAGUGCUUUGAGUGUAAGGAGUGUGGGGAAACCUUCGACAAGACUGCCGAUCUUGCUGAGCAUUGUAAAAUCCACUCUAGAGAGCAUCUCACAGAAGGUAAUGAGGAGGAGUAUGAGGAGCCCUUCCUGCCUAGCCCCACCUUCAGUGAGCUUCAGAGAAUGUACGGAGAAGAGAAAUUCUACGAGUGUAAGGUGUGCAAGGAAACCUUCCUUCACAGCUCUGCUCUGGUCGAACACCAGAAGAAAAUCCAUGGGAGAGACGACAAAGAAGAUGAAGUCUUUCAACCCAACCCAGCCUUUAAGGAGCUGCAGAGGAUGUAUGCCAGAGAGAAGAUGUACGAGUGCAAGGUGUGCGGGGAGACCUUCCGUCACAGCUCGUCUCUGAAAGAACAUCAGAAGAUUCACACUAGGGCAAACCUGUUUGAAAACAAGGGCAAAGUGUGUGAGGAAACCUUUAUUCCUGGUCAGGCCCUGAGAAGGCGUCAGAAAUCUUACUUGCAGGAAAAGCUCUAUGGCAUUAAAGAUGGUGGCGGCGCCUUUGGGCAACGCCCUUACUUCGGUGAGCUUCCCACAAUUAGCAUUCAAAAUAAUCUCUAUGAAAGCAAGGCGUUCGGGAAGUCUAAUAUCAUUCAUAACAUGCCCUUGAUUGAGUCUCAGAAGAGUCACACUAUAACAAGACCACCUGAAAACGAAGACGAGAAGGCAUUCACCAUUAGCUCUAAUCCUGAUGACAACCAGAAAGUGUCCGCUAACGACAAUGUCCUUGAGAAGAAAGCAAACGAGAGGUCUGUUAUUCAUAGCUUGUCUUUUGCUGAAGUCCAGAAAAGUCCGAGUGCCGUGGGGCCCAAUAAACCAAAAGUGAUCGCAGAGUCUACCAUUACGAGCUCAAAUAUUACUGAACAGAAAGUCCAUGCUGGAGAGAAGACCUCUGAAGAAAAGAAAAAUGAGAGGUCCGUUAUCCAUAGCUUACCUGUUUUCAAACUUCCCAAAAUUCCCAGUGGAAACGAAAGUAAUGAGAAGGGAGGAUCCUCAAAUCUUAAUGAUAAGCAACAGAAAACUCCUGCCAGAGCCAGCCCUAAGGAAACGGACAAGAAUAACAACUACAAGGACUCUGUUAUACGCCGUGUAUCUGGUACUGAAGCUCCAAAAAGUCUUGCUGCAGAGGGAGCCAGUGAGUUUAAGAAGGAUGGCCAAUCGCCUGUUUCCAACGCAAAUGUCCCUGAAUAUCAGAAGGCUCGUGCCAAGAAGAAAAACAUUGAGCGCAGGAACUGCGAGACUUCAGUCAUUCACCCCCUACACAUCGGUGAACCUGAAACAUUUCGCCCUCGAGAGAAACUCUAUGAAUGUCCGGAGUGUGGAGAGGCCUUUGUUCGCAGCUCUGACCUCACUGAGCAUCAGAAGAUUCACCACAGAAAGAAGCCCUUUGGAAACGACAACUACGAACGAUCUGUUAUUCGCAGCUUGGCCUCCGCUGACCCUCAGAAGAGUUAUGCUGACCAGUCAGUGCAGGUGAAUUAUGAUCAAGAGCCAGAGGGGAUGACUUGCAUUCAACAGCCAGUGCAGACUAGUUUUCUUGACGAGCUAGUGGAGAUGAGUUACGUUAAAGAGCCAGUGCAGAAUUACGCUAAAGAUCCAGAAGGGCUGACCUGCAUGCAGCAGCCAGAAGGGCUGACCUGCAUGCAGCAGCCAGAAGAGAUGACCUGCAUUCAGCAGCCAGAAGAGAUGACCUGCAUUCAGCAACCCAUGCAAAUGAGUUUCCUUGAAGACCUGGUGGAGAUGAAUUACGUCCAAGAGCCAGUGCAGACGUACGGUCAGGAGCCAGUGGGCAUGAUCUGUGCUCAGCAACCAGAGGGGAUGACUUGCAUCCAACAGCCAGCACAGACAAGCUAUCCUCGACAGCCAGUGGGAAUGAGCUAUGCUGAACAGCCAGCACAGCCAAGCUACGCCCAACGGCCAGUGCCGCAAGCAUGUAAGGACUGUGGGCAGUCCUUCGCAACCAUUGAAGCCCUCAGUGCGCAUCGCAAAAUCUAUGCCCGAGAAGAGUUCCACGGAGGUUCUGUCAUUCGGGGUGCAGGCCAUGGCAGGCCUGAGCAGGAAGAGCCGGAGGAGGAGGAAGAGGAGGAAGAGGAUUCUGAGGACUCAAUCUACGGAUGUAAGGACUGUGGGCUGGGCUUUGCAGAUCGGGCCGACCUUAAGGACCACCAGAAAGUUCAUGGCAGAGAGUACCUCAUCGACACUCGUGAGUACACGCAGUCUGUGAUUCACACCCAUUCCAUCAGCGAGUACCAGAGAGAUAACACUGGAGAGCAGCUCUUCGAAUGCCCAGCAUGUGGCGAAUCUUUCGUCCAUAGCUCAUUCCUUUUUGAGCAUCAGAAAGUUCAUGAGCAAGACCCAUAUUAUGGCCACCGGAGGUACGAUGAGCCUUUUGUGCACCCCUUCAUCAUCAACCCACAGAGGUUUCGGGCCCCACAGGCGAAUCCUACAGGGAUGUAUCUUCAGUGCCACGUGUGUGGGCAAGAUUUCAUUCAUGGCUCUGUCUUCAAUGAACAUCUGGCACUUCACAUGGGAGAGGGUUCGCCGGAGCAGGCCCCGAGAAGCAAUGGCGCUGUCCAUGCAGGCUUGGCCCUCGCCGAGUUACAGAGAAGUCAGGCCGAAGAGAAGCACUACGAGUGCGGAACGUGUGGAGAGUCCUUCCUCAGCCAGUCAGACCUGAAGGAGCACAAGAAAAUUCACGAGAAGGAUGACGAGCCCUACGAUUAUGGGGCUUCCUUCGUUCAUACCUCAUUCCUCACUGAGCCCCCCAAAGGAGAGUCUCCGUUCUUUGAGUGCAAGGACUGUGGGAAGUCCUUCAUUCACAACACAGUUCUCACCAAACACCAGAAGUUCCACGUGGAAGAGGAAGAAGCAGCAGCCCAGGAAGUUGAAGCCAAUGUCCUUGUUCCACGAGAAGUGCUGCGGAUCCAGGGGUCAAACAUGGAAGCUGCCGAGCCGGAAGUGGAGGCCGCUGAGCCGGAGGUAGAGGCUGCUGAGCCCAAUGUGGAGGCCGCUGAGCCCAAUGGGGAGGCUGAGGGGCCAGAGGGGGAGGCUGCGGAGCCAAAUGAGGAGGCAGAACAGCCCAACGGAGAGGCCGACCAGCCCGACGGCGAUGCUGAUGAGCCAGACGGUGGAGGAAUCGAAGACCCUGAAGAGAGAGAGGAAGAGCUGGAGGGGAAGGCUGAGGAGCCAGAGGAAGGCGCCGGCGAGCCAGAUGGCGCGGGGAUCGAAGACCCGGAAGAAGACGACGGAGACCGAGAGAUUGAGGUUGAAGAACCAUACUACGACUGCAGGGAGUGUGGGGAAACCUUCCCCACCACCUCGGCCUACGGGGAGCACCGGCAGACCCACGCCAGAGUGAUAAUAUUUGAGUCUGGAAAUGUCUACGGGGAAAGCUCACACUACACUGGGCACGCCAGCACCAGCACUCACGGCAACGACAGGGCUGACGACAAGUACUUCAAAUGUGAUGUCUGCGGGCAGUUCUUCCGCGACCGCCUCUCCCUCGCUAGACACCAGAAUACCCACACUGGCUGAGAGCACAAGUGGAGAGGUCAGAAAACCUCCCCUUCCUUAGGACCUGGCCCUCACAGAGAACCCACAGCAACCCAUAACCAUGUCAGGAGGACACUUAGCUCAGCUUGGACACACUGACUUUUAACAACAGAUACCUGGACUGGAAAGGAACCGGAGGAGGAGGUGGUGGUUCCAUUGGUCUUAACUUCCCCCGUCACACGCCAGUGCGUGCCUGUGGGGAAGCCACAGCACAUCCCUUCCCCUUCAUCGUAGUGAUCAGCGUGAGGGACAGUCCUAGGAGGUCGGAGACUACAGAAAUAGCCCCAACCAAAUACUUCUGUAACCUAUCUAUCAUUUUCCUGAGCUGUAUAUAAAAUAGCAAAUCAUAGCAAACAGUAGUCACAGGUACUGGAUUUUAAUGACACAGAGUUACAGUUUACUGUGCAGAGAUACCUCCGUGGUAUGCUUCGAUUGUUUUUUUUUUUUUUUUUUUGGAAGAGGAAAUGAGCACCAUACUUAUAAAUAUCUUAGUUCCUGUGAAAGAUUUCUUGUGAUUAUUUUAACCCCUUGAGUAUCUUUUUGAGUAACUGUGUGUUGUCCCUUACUCUUAAAUAUUCCUGUAAGGUGUAGGCAUGCGAGAUAAAUCUCCUUUCCUCUGUGCUGUUUGAGAAGAGAAGUUCUUUGAGCUUCCUUUUCAGCCAUCAUGUCUACACCAACACCUUGGCACCUAAUGCUGUAUAAGCCUUUUGCAAUCUGUGGAUUGACCUUUUGUGACCCCAGGUGAUCCCUUGCCAUAUUGUACCUUGCAGUGAUCCUCAUGCAAAAAUACUGCAAGUUUGUGUUUGUUUAACCAACUUAAUGUGUGUUCGAUAGUGAAUCCCCAAACGCCCAGCUUUUCCCUGUAAAUCUUGCUUCUUUGCCUUUAAGAGAGUGGGUUGCAACCAUCACUAGAUCACGACAGUGCCUAAUGAAGGUUGAAACCGUGAGCAGAGCCUCUCAUGCUGUAAAUAUGGAUGCAGGUGACAACUUUCAUCGCUUUGUGUGCGCUUCUGCCUUAAGUGACAAGUAGCAGCGUGGCUUUGUUAGUAGGUGCCGCCGCAAGUCAGUUUGCACCUGGGUGCCCAGGAGCGAGUAUCCUUAGAGCUUUCUCUUACUGAACCUAAUUCUUGGCUUCACCUGUCUGACCCUCAACCCCCUGUCUAAAUUGCAUUUUUUUUUUAAGAAAUUUUUUUUUUUUAAAGAAGAGCUUUCUUUACAGUCAACCUAAGCUUAACAUGGACUCAGGUUCCCAGCAGCCUUAAUUUGUUUUGUUACCAUCUGUUCUCGCCUCUUUUGGCCCUCCUGAGUACUUCGGAGCUAUCCAUUAGUGUCUGGUUGGUCUGAUUCCCAUCGAUUACAGAUCGACCUCAUAGCUUGUGGUUUCCUGUGCCGUCUUCUGUGGACCACUUGUGCUCCUUUUGCUUCCCCUCCCCCUCGCGUC